UUACAAACACGAAAAGAUUUUGAUUUGAAACUCACACCCUUAAAUCAUCUAAUCUCUUGCUAGUAAAUAUAUGAAUCUGAUUGUUUAUUCACAUUUUCUUCCCUAACUGAAUUUGUACUCAGAUCCAAAUUCGCUUAAAAAAUGGAGGCUCCGCAAGGAGGAUCCGAGAGGGACAAAACGAUCUCCACUUCUCCUGUCUCCCUCGUCUCCAAUUUCUGGAAAGACUUUGAGCUGGAGAAGGAGAAAAGUGUGUUGGAUGAGCAGGGGCUUAGAAUUGCUGAAAAUCAGGAAAACAGCCAGAAAAACCGACGGAAGCUUGCCGAGAGCACCAGAGAUUUCAAGAAGGCUUCAUCCGACGAAAAGUUAGGUUUGUUUAACUCAUUGCUAAAAGGGUUCCAGGAAGAAGUCGAUAAUCUUACUAAGAGAGCCAAAUUUGGAGAAAAUGCUUUUCUUAAUAUCUAUCAGAAACUUUAUGAGGCCCCAGAUCCUUAUCCUGCUCUUGCUUCAAUUUCUGAGCAAGAUCUGAAAUUGUCCGAGUUAGAGUCUGAGAGCCGGAAGAUGAAAGUUGAGCUAGAGGAGUUCAGGACUGAGGCAGCUCACCUAAAGAAUCAGCAAGCAACAAUAAGAAGACUUGAAGAGCGCAACCGUCAGUUAGAGCAGCAGAUGGAGGAAAAAGUAAAGGAAAUUGUGGAGAUGAAGCAACGUAGUUUGGCUGAAGAGAACCAGAAAACAUUAGAGGUUUUAAAAGAAAGGGAGCAAUCAUUGCAAGAUCAAUUACGACAAGCUAAAGACAGCGUUGCAACUAUACAGAAAUUACAUGAACUUGCACAAAGCCAAUUGUUUGAAGUUCGUGCUCAAUCAGAGGAAGAAUGGGCAGCAAAGCAAUCAGAGGUCAAUUUUCUGAUGGAUGAAGUGGAAAGGGCACAAACACGUCUGCAUAGUCUUGAGAGGGAGAAAGGUGUCCUACGCUCUCAGUUGCAGUCAGCAAAUGAAGAGAUUGAAGAUAAGAAAGGUGACAAUUCAGAUUCAACUAGCAUUCUCGAGAGUUCUUUGAGCACCAAAGAAAAGCUUAUCUCUGAACUUAACAUGGAACUUCACAACAUUGAAACCACAUUGACAAAUGAGCGAGAACAACACAUUAAUGAGAUCAAAAAAUUGAAUAUUUUACUUAACGAGAAGGAAGCUGCUCUCGAGGAGAUGAAGAAAGAGCUUCAAGCAAAACCAACUGAAAAAUUAGUUGAUGAUUUGCGUAAAAAAGUGAAAAUUUUGCAGGCUGUAGGUUACAAUUCAAUUGAGGCUGAGGAUUGGGAAGUAGCUACAAGUGGGGAAGAGAUGAGCAAAAUGGAGUCUCUUCUUCUUGAUAAAAACAGAAAAAUGGAACAUGAACUCACGCAGUUGAAGGUAAAAAUCUCUGAGAAAGCGACUUCACUGGAAACAGCUGAAGGCAAGAUAACAGAGCUUACUGCAAAGGUUAAUGAACAACAAAAAUUAAUACAAAAGUUGGAAGAUGAUAUAUUAAAGGGUUAUAGCUCCAAAGAUCGGAAAGGCAGUCUAUUUGAUGCUUGGGAUCUUUCGGAAGCAGGGGGGGUUGAGUUAUCUGAGAAUGCAGAUCAGAAACAUGUUUCCGUAGAUCAAGAUCAAAGCUCAAUGCUUAAGGUGAUCUGCAAUCAGCGAGAUCGAUUUAGGGCACGUUUGCGGGAGACCGAAGAGGAGGUGAGGCAAUUGAAGGAGAAGAUAGGGGUGCUAGCAGCAGACUUGGAGAAAACAAAAGCUGAUAAUGUCAAACUAUAUGGAAAGAUACGCUAUGUCCAAGAUUACAAUCUUGAGAAAGUAGUUUCUCGAGGAUCAAAGAAGCAUGCUGAGGAUCUGGAAAGUGGCUUUGCCUCAGAUGUUGAAUCUAAGUACAAGAAGAUAUAUGAAGAUGACAUAAAUCCGUUCGCUGCUUUUUCAAAGAAGGAGCGGGAUCAAAGAUACAAGGAGUUGGGUUUCAGGGAUAGAAUCACGCUUAGUAGUGGACGCUUUCUUCUGGGUAACAAAUAUGCUCGAACUUUUGCAUUUUUCUAUACAAUUGGGUUACAUAUUCUGGUGUUCACCUGUCUCUAUCGAAUGUCAGCUCUGAGCUAUCUCAGCCACGGUGAGGCCUUCGAUGGAGAUAAAAAGCUGGACCUCCCACAUGCACUCUAGUGUAUAAUACUUUUCUCUGGUUUCUAUUGAUGAGACUGGACGAAAUUGAUCGUCCAUAAAAGUUCAUCGGAUGUAUAUGUAACAAAAGUGACUUGUGAUCGACAUUUUUCUUUUUUUGUUUGACAACGCAAUGAAAAUAGCUGCAUUUUUGUUCU